UUAACGUGAAGUAUAAAGGGAAUAUCAUGGGCGCUGUAGUCGCUGUUUAUGUUUACGUAUAGUACUGUCAUUGGAGUUGCGGGCAGUGAACUGCCCCUAAACUUUCUCACUGUCCUUCUUCGGUGGCGACUCUUAUAUAUGACCGUUUUAUCAAUGUGCCACCCGCCCAAUGGAAAAGGGUCUGCAGUGUGGAAAGGCGAGCGUCCCUUUACUACUGUUGCUGCUCUUGCUGCGAGCUGUGAACGGCACUUGCAGCGAGCUGGCUGCUACUUCCUCUGUAGGGCCUGUGGCUAGGGAGACUGGGCUUGGUAGCGUUGCAGCGGAGGUAACCGUGGAGGAUGACGAAUAUGCAGGCUGGGGUGAUGGAGACGAGCAGGUCGGCCAGACUAGCGGAGAGACCAGUGGAAAAAGGUCUCUUGUGAUCAUCAGCACUUUAGAUGGUCGAAUUUCUGCCUUAGACCCAGAAAAUGAUGGCAGGAAACAAUGGGACCUGGAUGUGGGCUCCGGAUCUCUGGUGUCUUCGAGCCUCAGUAAGCCUGAGGUUUUUGGAAACAAGAUGAUCAUCCCAUCUUUAGAUGGAGCCCUAUUCCAGUGGGAUAGGGACCGGGAGAGUAUGGAAGCUGUUCCUUUCACUGUGGAGUCCCUCUUGGAAUCAUCCUACCGCCUCAGAGAAGACACUGUGCUGGUGGGAGGAAAAUCUCUUACCACUUAUGGUCUAGGUGCCUAUAGUGGCAAGUUGAGGUACAUCUGCUCUGCUGUGGGCUGCAGCCGGUGGGAUGAGAAUGAGCCAGAGCCAGAGGAUGUGCUAUUGCUUCAGAGAACACAGAAGACUGUACGGGCUGUAGGACCACGCAGUGGUAACGAAAAGUGGAAUUUUAGCGUGGGGCAUUUUGAACUUAGGUUUGUUCCAGAAGUCCAACCUGGGGUGAAUUUCUUAGAAGGAGAUACCCACAGCAACAGUGUUAAAGAUGAUACGAAGGUAAUUCGGGAGGAAGAAGAUCCUGCUGCCGAAAUGAAGGAUAUGGUGAUCAAGGUCUCUGUGGCUGACUGGAAGGUUAUGGCCUUCAAUACAAAACAUGGUGGGCAGCUGGUUUGGGAGCAUCAGUUCUGCACUCCCAUUGCUUCAGCAUGGUUGGUAAAAGAUGGAAAAGUGAUUCCUAUUAGCCUGUUUGAUGACACUAGCUACUCCUCACGCAAUAGAGAGAUUCUAGAGGAUGAAGAAGACAUUGUAGAAGCAGCCCGUGGAGCCACAGAGUCCAGCGUGUACCUAGGCAUGUUUAGAGGACAGCUGUACUUGCAGUCAUCAGUGCGCAUUUCUGAGAAGUUCCCUUCAAAAUCAAAUGCACUAGAUAGCAAGAACAACGAGAAUGGGAUUAUCUCCCUGCCUACAGUCAAGUGGAAGCCACUGAUCCAUUCACCCUCAAGGACCCCUGUCCUGGUGGGUUCAGAUGAGUUUGAUAAAUGUUUGAACAAUGAUAAAUUCUCCCAUGAGGAAUACAGCAAUGGAGCCCUGUCCAUCCUACAGUAUCCUUAUGACAACGGAUACUAUUUCCCAUACAGCAAACGCUACAGGGGUCGGAGAGAGACUCAAGUGAGUGUUCUCAUGCCCCCUCACCCAUCUCGUGUGGAGCCACGCCAGAAAGAUCCAGUGCUACUGCUCCCCUGGUGGAAGGAGAUCAUUGGCACCAUUGUCUUCUGCAUUGCAGCAACUACCUACAUUGUGCGAAAGUUCUUCCAUCCAAAUUCUGUCCACAUAAGCAGACAAAGAAAGGAGUCUGAAACCCAGUGCCAGACUGACAGCAAAUUUGAUGAGGGUAAUGAGGAGUCCCGUGACAUCUGUGGCAUUGAUGGCAGGAGCAGUGAAUACAUCUCAAGGUAUCUUACAGAUUUUGAGCCAGUUCAGUGUCUUGGACGUGGAGGGUUUGGAGUAGUUUUUGAAGCCAGAAACAAAGUGGAUGACUGCAACUAUGCCAUUAAGAGAAUAAGGCUACCUAACCGGGAGCUGGCAAGAGAGAAGGUGAUGAGAGAGGUGAGGGCCUUAGCCAAGCUUGAGCAUCCUGGCAUUAUUCGAUACUUUAAUGCCUGGCAAGAAACACCACCAGAAGGGUGGCAGGAAGAGAUGGAUAAGCGUUUGCUCAAGGAUGCCAGCACCACAGACUGGCCUCUGAGCUCACCAGAUCAGUUGGAGGCAUUAUCUGUAAAAGUGCCUGUCCCAAAGCAGGUUUCAUCAGAGGAACCCUCUGAAUGUUCCCCUCCAGUUUUUGCAAAUGGACAUGGCACCUUCUGUGCCCUGGCUGCAGGUCAGCCAGUCAUAUCUCCUAGUCUCUUCUUCCAUAUAGAUUCCACCUCCACAACAACAAACAAAGAGGCUGGUAAGGCCACAAUGGACAGCUUUUUGUCAGAGGGGGACAGCCAAGGAGAACUGGAGCUUUCCGAUUCCCCUCAUUCCUUUGAAUUUUGUCCACCACGGCCUGCCGAUGAGCGAACUUCCUCUUCUUUCGAUAUUGUCUUUGAGGACUCGGGCUGCGACAACUCCUCAAAUUCUGCAGACCCAGCCCAUUCUGAUCAGGGCAGCCGCAGCACGUUUACAGAGCGCCCCAGCUCAGAGUCUAGAACUCAGGAAGCAAACUGCAGCAGCAUUGCUUGUCCUCCACCCUCCUCUCAUUCGCCACCAAGGCCCACCAGCCUCAACUUGUGUGUAUCAUCUGUUCCUGUUGAGCAUGCCAAGCUGCCAUCACCAAAGGUCUACCUGUACAUUCAGAUGCAGCUGUGCCGCAAAGAGAACUUAAAGGACUGGAUGAGUAAGCGAUGUCUCAUGGAACAGAGGAACCCUGUGGAGUGCCUGGGCAUCUUUCUGCAAAUUGCAGAGGCUGUCCAAUUCCUUCACAGCAAGGGCCUUAUGCACCGUGACCUCAAGCCAUCAAACAUUUUCUUCACGAUGGAUGAUGUGGUGAAAGUAGGAGAUUUUGGUUUAGUGACUGCCAUGGAUCAAGAGGAUGAUGAAGAAGCUGCUGUUCUUACACCAAUGCCCUUGUAUGCCAGGCACACUACCCAAGUGGGCACUAAGCUGUACAUGAGCCCUGAACAGCUGUCUGGCAACUUGUACUCUCACAAAGUGGACAUCUACUCUCUAGGCCUUAUCCUUUUUGAGCUGCUCUGUCCUUUCAACACACAGAUGGAGAGAGUUCGGACUUUAAUGGAUGUAAGAAAUCUAAUAUUUCCAUCAGAGUUUUCACAAAAAUACAAGCAAGAGCAUGAUAUGGUACAGAAGAUGCUAUCUCCUUGCCCAAGUCAAAGACCAGAGGCAGUGGACAUCACGGAGACUCCCGUCUUUCAGGACCUAGAGAUCCCCAGCAGACUCCUCCUGAGGCAGCGAUCUCGAACCUUCAGCUCUUCUGGGAAUCGUCAUUCCCGGCAGCCUAGUAGCUGAAAUGAUUGUCCCUCAAGAGUUAAGGGGUCAGGAAUGAAAUGGAGGUUUGUGGCAGCUUCCUGACUUCACAGACAGCCGCUUACUCUGUCUUCCAGUAAUAUUCCAGACUUUUGAGGUCCACAUUCUAAUUUUGUAUUUACUGCUAGCACCACCCAUUCUGGAAUGUGUGCACGUGUAGAGACUUUGGUAUUUCUUUUGUCUACAAUAUUCUCUGGCAGAGUAAAUGGAGACCUCUUUUCAUGCAAAGAACUGGAUCCACUUAACCACACUUUAAGCAUUCUUCAUGACAUCUUGCAAAAAAAUACAUUUUAUACUCAAAUGGUUAACCAAAAACAACCUUGUCACAGCAAAGGUGUCUUCCUAUACAUCAUGAUGUCUAAGAUUUGGAAAAGUUAACUUUGCAGCUAGAAUACUGACAUUUCUCCAUGCAUUUGUUUUUGAACACAGCCAUGAUUAAGAAUUUUUGUAUAAAAAGAUAAGGGAAAAAUAAAAAAACAAGUUUCCUCUGGUUGUUUAUUACCUUGCCAUGUCCCACAGUUAUAAAUAUAAUUGACGACUAUGGAUUCUGUCUUCACAACUGCAGUUUAGCACUCAAACGUGUUGGUCUCCAGGAGCCACAUAAAGUGAAAAUGCAAUCUAGUGGCUCAGUUUCAUUGUGCUGGUGUCCAGUAUUGAACCAAGAACUACAGCAGCCAUUUUCAUCUUAAUGUCAAUAAUGUCUUCUCCAGCAUUCUUCUCCUUUUGACUUUCCACUCUUGAUGAAAAAAUGCCAGCUUGUUAUGUGUUCUCCAGUGUUCCUUGUUCGCUUCAAGUUUAAUUUGCUUUUCUUGAUGCUUAACAGUAUGCCAGAGCAACAUUUUUUUUUAUGUCAAAAAAAAGCUUGGCUGUUCUACAAUCACUUGCUUUCAGUGAAGUUGCCGCCAUCAAUAGCAGUUACAGAUGUCCAACUGCACCUCCGUUUUCAAAACCUUUGAAUCUUACUGAUAUGUCCUGUCACUUUGUGUAUUUUGUAAAUGGACUUCUUUAAACAGGAAAAAAAACUUGAUCAAAGGGCAAGCUUUAAUACCUUUUGUAAAUAUUAUUUGUUCACAUUUUGUAUUUUUCUUGUCUUCUUUAAUGGGCAUUUGCAAGCAUUGAUUGUUGGAUAUCCAGAUAAAUGACUUGUCACUACAUUGAUUAAAAAGGGAGACAAUGAAAAUGGGGGUGAGGGGAGGACAAAACGAUCAAAGCACUUAAUUUGUUAGAAGAUGAUGCAUGAUGCAAAAUGUGCCCACUGUAUAUAGUUUUAUACAUUCUGACUUGUUUAUUUCAAAAAUGGGGGGAGGACAAUGGGAAAGUUUUAAGUCCCACCUGUGUGCUUGUGUGUGUGUGCGCGCUCACUGCUUCCAAAGUGUCCACUAAAUGGAAGAGAAUAUAGCAGAUUAAGAAGCUGGGUGGGGUGUGAAUUUUUUAUAUAUAUAUGUAAAUAUACUGUAUACACCAAUUCAAGCUUUUUGAAUAUUUUUCUCUUCUACUGCCAUUUUUUUUUUUUUUUAAAACAAGGCGAAAUUAGAUAGACAGUUACAGUACGCUUUGUUAUGUAGUAGUUCGUUUAGCAUUUCUCUCACAUUACAGUGACUCACUUAAUUCCCUUUUGUAUUGCUGCUGCAGUUUUGUAACCAGUUCAUCAUGUAUCCAUUAUGGUUAAACCUCACAUGCCUUUAUCUUGUCAAACCUUUCCCAGGCAAUUGUUAUACAAUCAUAAUGUUCCUACCUUGAUCUUCCUUUUGUUCCAGUAGAGCAGAUUCCACCUAGUGAUACGUUUAUAUUUUGAAAAGUCGCCGUUGAAGAGAGGGGCUUUGGCACACUAUAUGAUGUACUAAAAUGGGCAGGUGGCUGACCAGGAACACUCAAACAAGUGAGUAGAGUUGUAUUAAUUUGCUUGUCUGAAAUGGUGUUUGUUAGUCACACUUGGUUGGCCAGUUCUAAAUCUCUCCACUUGGACAUGCGGGUUUUUUUUGAUUUAUGUAUUGUUUUCUUCAGGGUAACAUUUUUCUGUGCAUCUGAUCCCUUUCUGACCACAAAUAUCGAACUGAACAAUGUUGUUCAGUAAUAAUUUUGAAAGAAGAGCCAGUGUGAUCAGACCUUACACUGUACGUUUCACACUCUUUACUUUCUGUGUGAAAAGUGCUUAUGGCAAAAUCGCCUUGCUCAGGUUCCAGACCUGGCAUUUAAGGAAGGUGUCAAAAACUGUGAACUGUAUGAACAGAAUGGUCUUCUGUCCCUCACCUGUAAUCUAACAUAACCUAUUCUGGAAGGGCGUGGUUUGUUAAUCAUUAUCUGGCUUCACUUUAAAUGGACAGUUUUCUUAAUUAUCUUAGGUGUGAAUUAGAGUUGCCUCUCAGGAGAUGCAGGCAAUGUAACAUCAUUUUCAAGAAAUUAUUUGUGCACAUGUGUUUUCCCUACUGCUUUUUCAUAACGGUGGCAUGUGGGAUUGCCUCUCCAUUUUUUUAAGUAGCUAAUAAAAAUAUCUGUUAUUGGGAUUGAUUCAUACAAAAGACCAUUGUAUUUGACAACUGAAUCUUCAACAAAAAUUAGAAGACAUCCAGAUACGUUUGGACAGAAAACUGCUAUCCUACAGAAUGCAACAAAAAAGUAAUCAUUAUUCAAAGAAAAGUCCACUUGUCUGCUGCUCUAUAUAUGGAAGUCUGAUCUGGACAAAGAACUAGGCGUGCAGCUCACUUUGAGAUGUGGAUCAGCCAUCAUAUGACAGGCGUCUGCAUACAUACUCCUGGAGGGCUCUAAUAGCUACAGGUUUUUGUAUGUUUAAUCCAAUUACUUAAUUAGAAACCAAACCUUGGAGGUCUUAUUUAACUUUAUGGCUUUUUAGUGUUUUCAUUCUGCCAUGUUGUCAUAUCCUUAUAUCGUAGAAUUUUCUUUUCUAAUGAUGAUAUCCAAAUUAUUUGUAUCCUGAAGUGCAUCAGCAAUUCUCAGCCCUUCACUUAUUUUAACUUUUUUUUUUAGUUUCCUUCCAAAUAUUACAUGAAGAUAGAUAGUUUUUGGUGAAAAUACUCCUGUUUAAAUGGAAGCAGAUCAGAUGGAGAACUGCUGAUUCCUUUGUCAUUUACAUUUUAUUGUUCAUAAGAAGCAAUUAAAACAGUGAAUGCAGCUUUUUAAGACUAAAAUAAGCAGUUAAAGCUGGGGAAUCUUAAUACAGUAAGUGAGGCAUCUGAUAUGAAGCACAACAAUGGCUUCAACAGCAAUGAUUAAAUUCUCAUUAAGGAAAUUGGGUUGGAAUGAAAACCUGCAGCCACCACAGCCCUCAAGGACCGAUUUUGCUGACACUUGACUUGAGUCAUUAACUACAAUAAAUACUAAUGGGUUUUUACUCCCAAUACAACUUUUUCUUUAUCCUGAUUCUGUAGCAGUUUUGAAAAAACGGGGAAUCCAUUGACUGCUUUUGUUGCUGAAUUCCUAAUAAUAUAUAAUAUAUAAAUAAUUGGCGAAAUUUUCAAUUCACAUUCAUUGCACAAAUAAACACAUUACAAAAUACAUUUAAUGAUUAAAUGUAAAGGAUAUGCAAUUAAUGAUGGUAAUUAAUUCAUUUGAUAUUUUGAAGAAAACAUAAUGAAGGUGUUGUCCUUUACUCUGUACAUAUUCUGACAGCCUGUUGUGGAAAUUCUGUAUUGCUCGACGUAACAUGUCAAGAGGAAUGCCAGCGAUUUCCUCUUCAGUCCUCCUUUUUAGUUCAGAAAUGGUUGCAGAAUGUUUGCGGUACACUUGGCUUUUAAGAUGUCCCAGAUCUGGGGAUCUCAGAGGCCAUAGAAUGUCGCCAUUGAUUAAAAUGACGUGCCUUCCAAACAAUUCUCCAAUAGCUGCCAUAGAUUGUCGGGCAGUAUGUGAAGUGACUACACCUGGGGACUGGCUGAACCAGUUUCUUCGAAAUUAUGCACCCAUGUUGUAAACGCAUCAGCAGACGGGACACAAUCAUGAUGUCCUAACUGGUAAUGACGCCGAAAUUCCCUUUGUGCGCAGCAGUCAGACUAUCACCGUUCUUAUAAAAGGCUUUCACAGCGAACGCUUGUUGCACACCACUCCACUGUUCCAUUUUCCCUAAUAACAAGGGGUUCUAAACGAAGUCACAAACAACUCAACACCUAGCUCCAAAAUGUCCCGUUUCCCUGCGCCACCAUGCAUUAUAUAAGCUCACCUUCACUUAGUAAAGAGAAAAUUUGUCAUCUGUGAAACAUUUGGUCAAUUACCGAUUUAAACUCAUUCUGGAUUUUGGAUGUUUGAGUGUUUCAGAAAAUUUAUUUUUUAAGUAGGAGAAUUUUAGCACCUGCCUGACUUAGCCUCUCUUCUUGGUUAUUCUAAGCUUUUCAUGCCUUCUCGGUGUAGUACCCUAAAAUUCUACCAGAUGUUCUGUUUUAAAUCAUGGCAACUCAAAAUACACAAGACUCUCACCUUGCCGUAAGGUUAGAUGAUGUAUGACAAGUGGCACCCAUGGGCUGGACCUAUAAUGAGAUGACUUAUGAUGGAGUUGUACUAUUCUGGUCUUGGUCAUCUCAACGGCAAUUAAUUUUGAUUUCCCACCAGUGUGUUUCCAAUUCCCUUCUACAACCCCCGCCCCCAACUCUUGUAUUAUAUGCAAAUUUCUUUCAGCUCCAUCAGUAGUUGCCUAUACCCUGGAAUGUUGGAGGCGGAUCCUUAACAUGGGAACAUGAUGAUUGUUGUCUUCCUGGCAAGAUGACGCCAUUGAGCAUGUGAUCUGUUGUCACCCCUGCUGAUAACUCAAUUUGCUACCAAAUGUUACUAUUGUAUGUAAAAUUGGUCCACUUUCUUUUCUCUGCUCUGUAAAUAUUUAUUUUUUUUUUUUUAUUUAUGACUGUAUAAUCAAUCCUUUUGGGUUGGUGGUAUGAAGGAACGCACUUUUUUGCAAUAUUGAAGUGCAUUAAAAUAAUUAGACUUGUAAGAAGUCAACAUUUAAUAAAAUGUUUUAUGACCUUUUAA